UCGCAUAGUAAAAAAUUUCAAUUUGAAAUGUAAAUACAUUUCUGGCCACAUAGCACGACUUUAUCCAAAUUUCACUAAAACUCCAAAACUUUUAUAAAACUCCAACAAACACCCUCCCUCCCAAUUAGUUCCGUGUAAUUAACCAUUGACCGAGUAGAUUUGAGUACAGAGAAGAGUGUGAUAUCAAAAUCAAAUUCAAAAUCAAAUAUGUCAUAUCACUCAAGACAAAACUCCUUAGCCACCAUCGGUAGUACAUCUCAUAAUCAUCCUCAGAAGAUUGGACCAUGGAAGUUAGGCAAGACUUUAGGCAGUGGAGCUACAGGACGAGUGUUGUUGGCUACGCAUCAGCUUACGGGCCAGAAAGCAGCCGUCAAGGUAGUCAGUAAAUCAGAAUUACAUGAUGAAGAAGUGCCUCAUAAGAGAUCGGCUGAUGAUGCUGGAUUACCUUAUGGAAUUGAACGAGAGAUUAUAAUUAUGAAAUUAUUAACUCACCCAAAUGUAUUACGAUUAUAUGAUGUAUGGGAAACUUCUAAGGCACUUUACUUAGUAUUAGAAUACGUUGAAGGAGGAGAAUUAUUUGAUUUAUUGGUGGAAAGAGGACCCCUUGAAGAAGUCGAAGCUAUAAAGUAUUUUAGACAAAUUAUCUUAGGAACAGCUUAUUGUCAUGCAUUGGGGAUAUGUCAUCGGGAUCUUAAACCCGAGAAUUUAUUAUUGGAUGCUUCAUUAAAUGUUAAAUUGGCCGAUUUCGGUAUGGCUGCUUUAGAAAGUAAUGGGAAAUUAUUAGAAACUUCUUGUGGAUCUCCUCAUUAUGCUGCGCCAGAAAUUGUUAGUGGAUUAAAGUAUCAUGGAGCUGCUUCGGAUGUCUGGUCAUGUGGAGUCAUUUUAUUUGCUUUAUUAAGUGGAAGAUUACCCUUUGAUGAUGAAAAUAUUCGAAACUUAUUACUAAAAGUUCAGGCUGGAACCUUUGAAAUGCCCGAAGAAAUCAGUCCUCAAGCCACGGAUUUGAUUAGGAAGAUGUUAACCGUUGAUCCCCUCAAGAGAAUCCCUACUGAACGCAUUUUAAACCAUCCUUUAUUAACGAAAUACCCUAUUCCUAGUGAGGAUCUUAUCAGUGUGAAAUCGUUACCUCAUCCAGAAACGGCCUAUAAAUCUUUAGGAUCUAUAAAGAAUAUCGAUAAGCAAAUCUUACUGAAUUUAUCGAUCUUAUGGCACGACAGAGACGAACAAGACAUUAUCAAAUGUCUCUUAAAGAAUGGGCCUAACCCCGAAAAGACCUUCUAUGCUUUAUUAAUGAGAUAUAGACAUAAUCAGGAUGAUCCUUCAGUCCAGAACACUCCGGCCCGAUCUCGUUCAGGGUCUAGAAAGGCCACAGGCACUCCGAAAAAGAAGAGACACAGUCAGAUCAGUGCUUCUAGACCGACAUCUUUCCAGUAUAAACAUGGAACCACCACCACCACCACCGGCAAUAGACUGUCGGCUAUCAAUGGACAUAAUGGAAGAAUACUGGCCAGUUCAAGUGUGCAGAACUCUCCUCGAAAGAGAUUAUCGUAUACACAGUCUCCCUAUAAGUCUCCCUAUAAGUCUCCCUAUAAGUCUCCUAGAAGAUACCAACAACAAUAUGAAGACACUACUCGAAUCCCCGUAGUGCCUAGAAACAUAUAUAAUGAAAUCAUUCAACAUCAGCAAGUACCUCAAGCUCCUCAAGCUCCUCAAGCACCAGCUUCAACGUCCAGUUCAUAUCCCUCCAUGCCUCCUUCUUUACCAUCUAAAGACAGUUAUUUGGCCCAGAGCAGAACGUCUAUCUACCAGCCAAAGGAAGCACCUGUGCCUGAGUUAAUGAACUCUGCCAAGAUUGAUAACAAUAUCAAUAACAAUAUCAAUAACAACAAUAAGAGAAGCUCAGUCAUCAAACGUAGUGGAUCCAAAAACCGGUUAUCGAAAAGAAUGUCCAUGAGACUUUCUAUGACCAAUGGACUAAAGAGAAACUCCAUAACCACCAAACUUUUAUCUACCUAUGCUAAAUUGGCAGGCGACAGUGAUUGGGAAUAUGUUGAUAAACAAGCCAAAAGAACAUCGGCUACGUUUGCAACUCUCUGUGACAAGAUCUUCAACCAAGAAGAGUAUAAUGAAGACGAUGAGAAUCUUAUAGAUGAAGAAGAGAAACAAGCCAAAGAGUAUGAGAGACUCAUGGAACUUGAACGUAAGAAAUAUGAAGCGGAGUUACGAGCUCGAAAGGAAUUAGAAAAGAAGAAGAGGAGAGAGAAGAGACGGUCUUUAUUGAGUUCGAGAAAGUUGAGUAUACUCAUUCGAGACGAUACUAAAGAUGAAGCAGCCAAUAAUAGUGAUAUAGACAUUACUGAUAAUGGUAUUAGACAACCAAAGAGACAGUCGAAGUAUGCGCCUGCUUUGAGAUCAUUAUCGGAAGGCAAUAGUAACAGUAACAGUCAAGACACAGAUGAAUUAACGAGAGCAGAUCUUGAAGACCUCAAGCGUCGAUCAGUCACUCAGCCAAUCCCCAGAAGAAGACAGACUCCAAUCUUAACCAGAAGACCCGUAUCCAAAUUGGAUCCGUUAUGGCAAGCGUAUGAAAAUGAAGAGUUGAACAAAGCGCAGGAUGAUUUAGAACAUGAAUGGAGACAACAGAACAUGAAGAAGAGUCAUAGGAAUCGUAAUAACCGAGAUUCAAUGAUCUCUGUGAUUGACGAUCAUCGUAGUAAUGGUAGAGUUGCUAAGGAUGACGAUUAUGAAAAUGAUCCUGAUUACGAAUUGCCAGAACCUCAGAUGGAUAGAUCGAACUUAGCCGAAGAAUAUCAGUCGGAAAUCAAAAAAUCUCGAUUACUAAAUAGUCAAUUAAACUUAAAGGGCAGUCUAGUUAAGAAAGAUACCGUCAAUGAACCCAAGACAUUAAUUGGUAAUGUUAAGAUUCCCAAUGUUACUCGAAAGUCUCGGAAUUUCACUAAUUCUAAUAAGAGAUUAUCGGUAUUAUCGAUGUAUUCUACUAAGGAAUCAUAUCAUGAUUUGAGUUCCAUCUUAAGUCCUCAUCCUGAUCAUGAUCAUAAUCAUAAUGAUCAUGAACCCAAUGGGACUUUACCUGGAUUAAGAACUAGUUUUGCUGAUCGAUUAGAUAAGGCAGGAAUGGUUGAAGAAGAUGAUGAGGAUGAAGCUCCAUUAGAUGAAGGGUCUAUUUUAGAUUUUGAUGAACAUCUUGCUAACAAAAGAGUGUCUUAUUAUGGACCUUCAAGUAGUAGAAGAAAUUCUCGAUAUAGCACUAUUAGAAAUGGUAGUAAUACCACCACCAAAAGACCUUCCUCUAAAUUGCCUCAUUUACCUAAUGAAGAUACAGAAGAAGAGGUCGAUGAUUAUACUUUUGCAACUAAGAAUGAUAGUGUUCAUAAUAGAAAGAGUCAUGGAUCCAGUAAACAUCACUCUAAGCAUCAUUCAGAUGAUGAAGAUGCCGAUGGAGAUGUAACGGAUGUGUUUGACCAUAUUAAAUUACCCGAUAAUAAAUCACAGAGAUCGAGUCAACCACCCAGAAAGACAAAGACUAAAUCCAUGUUACCCAGUGCCGAAUCCAUGUUAAUACCGGAUGUUCAGAAGAUGCCACCUCAACCGCAACCUUAUGCAAAGGUUCGUAAACCCAAGCCUUCAACUCAUAAUGGGAAUGGUAAUAGUACUGGUAAUGCUAAUGGAAAUGGUUUACCAACACCAACCAGUGGUAAGAUUCCUUUAGCCGAUACUACUAAUAGACCUAAUGCCGAAGAUAAACGAUCUAGAAGUAUAUUUAGAAAAUUAUCUUGGGGAUCUAAAAAGACUAUGGAAGAUGGAGUAACUCAAUUACCAUCGCCAGCCGAUUCUCGAGCUGGAUCUAUUGAAGUUAAGAAAUCUUCAGGAGGAGGAAUGUUUGGUUGGUUAUCUUCGUUAUCUACUAGUUCGAAAUUAGAGGCAGAUUUUAAACGGUUCAAUGCCAUUUUACCAAAACAUGAAAUGGCUACUGCCUUAUUUGCAUUAUUAAAUUCCUGGUCUAAUUUUGGAUUAAAGGAUUUAAGAAAUGAUUUACACAGUUAUACCAUAACUGGAUCUAUAUCACGUAAUAAUUCAUUUAAUUUAAAGAGUUGUAAAUUUAGAAUUAAAGUUAAUACUCGAGACUUUAAUCAAAAGUCGGAAAUUGUUUGUGUUAGAGUUAAGGGGUCAAGAGCUACUACUGAUACUUUAUUUAGAGAGAUUGAGAAAGUAUUACGUAAAGAAGGGGUUAUGGACGAAUAGAUAUUGUAGUUGUACUUUUAGUUAUUGUAGUAUAGUAUAGUAUAUAUGAAA